AUGUCUGGUGGCAAAAAUCAUGAACCCAUUGAACUGGCAUCAUUAAUUGAUAAAGUUUCUCGAUCGUAUCAGAGAUCGAAACAAAGGGCUGAAGCGAAUGAAAAACCUGUUCGGAAAAUAAGGUUGGCAGAGCCAGUCGAAGCGGAGAUGGAUAAAAAAAUAGAUGAAGAAAUCUUCACCUAUCCCUUCCUAACCAAUGAUAUUGCAGAUCACACAGAUGACGAUUUCCGAACAAAAAGGUCGUCUCAUCUUUCGGAAAUUAAAAUUAAAAAACAAAAGGAAUUAUUGGAAAAAGUGAAUUUCUCGGAUCCGAAAUAUCAAGCAAUUUACAAAUCCAAUCAUGCUCUAAAACCAUUGGUACAUUUUUUUAAACAUCUAGUUCCGGUAAAGGCUAUUCCUUCAGAUCAGCAAAACGUUGUCACGAAAUCCAAAUUACGACUUUCAAUACCUUACACAGUUGUUUACGGAAUUGCAGAAAAUCCAGUCUUGUACUAUACGGAUAAUGAUGGAUUCGUGGCCCGAGCUGACAAUAUUUCUUACAAAACGAUCAAACAAAAAUUGACAUUUGGUACCACCUCAGAUACGGAUGUUGCAGUAGUGAUGAAGAGGACCGUGACAGGAGAGGUCACAAGCAAUGCAGCAACUUUGCUUAGCGUGAAGCAAUUAAUGACUGUUCUGGAUACUCAAACCACAGGCAUUUGUGCCUAUCAGAGAUAUGUAAAAUCUUGUGGAGCCAAAGCCUCUAUUGCAAGAAUACUUUGGAGUUGCAACAAACCAGUUUCUGGUUAUGUCAUUAGCAAUAUCAAAACAACGACAGACAUGUCAGAAAAGGAACCUUCAAAUCGUCUCUUAACAAGCACGGAGAAUGUCAACAAUAUCGAUAUAUUUCAGCUUAAAACAGCGGCGUUGCGAGAGUUAGGGGAGCAAAUUCGAUCACUUGUAAAAUAUUUAGAGGGUUUACCAAAUUUGAAAUGUAAAUUUGAAUCUUUGGCUGCUGACUUUAUUCGAGAUGAUAGCGGACGAUAUUGGUUCAUUCAAGUGAAAGCGUUCACAUUGGAAGAAAAAACAGCUUCAAAGCGCCCAACAUCGUUCGAAGAAGAAUCAUUUGAAGAAAAAACUGUAAAAUCACGAAGUGCUUAUUUAAGGUGUAAAGAGUGUAAAAUGUGUCUUAAUUUAUUCCCACCAAGUGAAUUGAACUAUUCCAUGACUUUAAAGAUGAUCUAUGCAACGGAGCAACACUUAAAACGAAGAGCUGUAAAACUGGCGUGGUUUGAUCGCCCAGAGUUUAAAGGAUUGACAGAGACCUCCAGCUGGUAUCAAGAAUAUAAGGUUUGCAAACCUUGCUUUGACAUGUACAUUCAAGAGCAAAAGCUCGCCAAAGUAGAACUUGAAUUUGCAAAAGCUAUUGGAAUACCUGUCACAAAAAAGAUCAAUGACGACGCGUCUAUUAUUGAAUCUCUACAACAUAAGCUUUCCAAACAGAAACGAAUUCUCAUUCAUGAAGACCAUCAACAACCAAAAACCUUACAAAUGUAUCGAUUUAUUGUAUAUUUGAAUGAAGUGAGAAAUAUUCCUGAUAUUCUACUAUAUUCAAAAAAGAUACACCUCAAAAUGACCAUUUUCAACACUGAAUUAUUGGUACCGAUCAAAAUGGAGGACAUUGAUUUAAAGAAGAAGAUUGCUGUUGGAAAAUUACGAGUGUUUUACUUUUUUGUGAAAAACCAACAGCAAUUUCGUCAAUUUUUGAAAACACAACGUGAAGUAAGAGUUGAUUUAUGUGUCAAUACCAGCGAAGUUAUUGGAAAGGCUGUACUGCAUUUGAGACAAUUCGAAAGCGGUCUCCUCGAUAAGUUGGACUACAUGGUCUUAUUCUCUGCAACAGGUUUGAAAUUGUGCUCAUUAAGAGCCACUCUAGGAUUUGUACAAAUGAGCACGAAAGAUGUUAGUCACAUCAAACUUCAAGAGUGGAUUCCUGGUGUUUUCAUUCCUCCCUCCGAUUUUUACACAGCUGAUCCACUUCCAGAGGAAUGGAUGGAACUCAUUCCAACCCUCAAAACAAACAAAGAUUCUCAAGUAGAGGAACAAAAGCCACUCUCAGCAAGAAGGCCACAAUCUGCAUCUCUUGUGAAUACGAGCGGAACGGGUGAGAGACGUCCUUUCUCUGCCACGUUUACCAAGAGACCUGCUACACCAUCACAAACACUCACGAGAAGAGCUUCUCAAAGUGCUCAACUUACGAAACAACCUGUGCCGUCGUAUGCCAAGCAAAUUGGUAAUCUCAAGAAGAGACCCCAAAGCUCAGGACCACGAGUGGUGUAUCACGGUUCAUCACCAAAUCAUGAUCCACUGGACUACUCAGUGUCUCCUCUCACCGCUCAAGAUUUAGCCUCUCUGGCAUGGUUAGAGCCACCACAAAAGCAACCAGCAGGUUUAGAUAUGUUUACCUCAAAUGUGAAUCAAAAGGAAGUUGUGACGCCUCAUGAUGUGGCUACCACACGGUCACCGAUUGAAGCACGUGUUCAAUAUGCGCAAGAUGAAGUGUUGUGGGAAAUGUCCAUUAAUCAGGUGACCAUCAAGGAUUUAAAAUCAACUGUGGAUGAAUGUUGGAUACUAAGCAUUGAUUUCUUUGGCGUUUUGAAAAAGGAAUAUGAAAGCUUUCAAUUAUUUUCAGAGGGACCUCUUGUGUUUCACAUUGAGACUUCCACGUUCUUUUCUGCUUCAAGAGACAACUUGAAUACCUUCCUUGAAAAGGAACGAAUUUUAAAAAUUGCACUACGACCUAAAUAUCUCACAAAGGAUGAAAUUGUGGCGUUCAUUGAUUUACGUCAAUUGCUGAAACGAGAAAAUGCUCAAAUUUUCUUUGAGGCCUCCCUAUUCGAUCAAACCCAUGCUGAAGAAAUCAAAUGUAGUAUUGUUGGAGAGGAGAGUGACCAAGAAAGCGAUGAUGAAGACACUUCAGAGGCAUGCAACAGAGAUAACUUGAAAUUGGGUACUCUCACGACUUACAUCUCGUAUGCCAAGGUUGCCAAAACAUCAGAAGCUGAAAUCAAUUAUAACGUUCCAUCGUACCGAUCGGAGGAGUACAAAAUUACAUGCUUUGCGUCGUGUCCUCUCAAAGACCAAGAUGAUCAUCAUGCAGAGAAUGAUGACGAUGAUGCUGUUCAAUAA